AUGUCUGCCCAGGAGAGACUGGUCAAAACCUCGGUCCUAAUAUUAUCCGAUACACAUGGUAUGACCCUCGAGGGAAGAGUUCCCGAUCAGAUAAAGGCAGACGUCUGCAUCCACGCAGGCGACUUGACGGAGGAGUCAAAACUGGAAGAAUUCCGCUCCGCAAUUGCGCUCCUGCGCAAGAUCAACGCGCCUCUGAAGCUCGUCAUUGCGGGAAACCAUGACUUCACACUGGACACGGCCAUCUUCAAAGCAAAAAUCCACGCAGUACAGCCGCCCCUCGAACCCGAGCUGGUCAAGACGUUUUACGGAGACUACGAGGAAGCCGGAAAGCUAUUCACCGACGCCGCGCAGGACGGCAUCCACCUGUUGAACGAGGGAACGCACGACUUUUGUCUGCAGAAUGGAGGCAAGCUGCGCGUCUACGCGAGCCCGUACACGCCAUCGCUGGGCGACUGGGGGUUCCAGUACCACCCAAACCUGGGGCACGACUUUGCCAUUGAAGAGGACACGCACAUUGUCGUGACGCAUGGGCCGCCGCGAGGCAUCCUCGACCGCACCAGUAACCGCGAGCGGGCCGGCUGCCCGGACCUCUUUGCCGCCGUGGCCAGGGCGCGGCCGCAGGUGCACUGCUUCGGGCACAUCCACGAGGGCUGGGGCGCCAAAAUGGUGGCGUGGCGAGGCACGCUGAGAGAAACCCCGUCUUUUCUGACAGAUAUUGACAAUGCGGCCUCGAGUCUCAUUGAGCAGCUCAGCACAGUCCACGAGACCAGAUUCGACACGCCGGAAGAGGCGGCCUUGAAGAGGAAGAAGCUGAAAGAGUACACGGCGCAAAAGUGCUGCAGCGUACCAACCGUGUCUGAGCAUGUCGCUGGCAAGAAGACCCUGUUUGUCAACGCAUCCAUAAAAGGAGAAUCAGACGAGGAUCUGCAGUUACCUUGGCUUGUGGAUGUCGUGCUUCCGCGUGCUUCAGAGUCGACAGUGGUGCCACUUUCGGGGCAGACGGAGAAGGUGGAUGAUGUAGUGGACGAUGAUGCCGAUAUCUCAGCCACCCGCGACUCCGUCAAGGGGAAGGAUAGCAAAUCCAUAGAGGCGGCUGGACGAAAACGUGUUCGAGGGGAUGAUGACGAGGCGGGCUCCCAACCUGAGUGGCGAAAACGGUGA